AUGGGUGAUACUCAGCAAAACAAAGAAAAAAGUCCAUAUAGUCCAUGGACUCCAGCAGAGACAAAAGUAUUGGUUGAGCUACUUGUGGAGGGAAUUAAACACGGAUGGCGUGAUGCAUCUGGUAACAUGAAUAAGGCAACGGUGGAAAAUAAGAUACUACCAGUGCUCAAUGAAAGAAUUGGAUGCAACAAAACCCAUAAACACUACCAAAGUAGAAUAAAGUACUUGAAAAGCCAAUACCAAAGUUAUUUGGAUCUUCAACGUAACAGUUCUGGCUUUGGAUGGGAUCCAGAGACGAAAAUGUUUACAGCUUCUGAUGAAGUGUGGAAUGGAUAUUUUAAGGCACAUCCAAACCACAAAUACAUGCGAUAUGACUCCCACGACCAGUUUGAGGAUCUGAAAAUCAUAUUUGAUGGUACAGCUGCCACCGGUAGUAAUGCCAUUGGACUGGAUGAUACUACUGAUGCUUGCACUUACCGGGUUGGUGAUAAUCAAGUGAAUGAUAACUUGAUUUCUUGUGACAGCGGCGACGAGCUUAGUGACGCAUCACCCAUUUCAGACAAACAUAGAAGAGGUCGUGCAGAAAAGCUUGUCCCAAGAAAGAGAUCCAAAAAGGAAGCGUACAAUAAUUCAGAGGAGCAGAAGAGUGAUAACAAUGAUUCUGUGGUCACAGUGAGCAACAAGAUCCUUGGAUGUAUUUGCAUAUAUGAACGCUAUGGUUGGAUUCAGACCAAUAUUAGAGCAUCUCCAUCGGUGUAG